AUGCCGUCGCUGCUAGAAGCUCUAGAGCGGAAAUAUGGUGCGAAGGGCGAAGUAAAUGCUCCGAUAGAUGACAUGCCGGUAGCAAUAUUUGUGCCCAAACGCUCCCCUCGGCUGAGUGUACCCACGCUACUGGUGCUUAACGACUGCGAGAUCGACUGCGCCGGAGACGCCCGUGCUCUUGCAGAUAAAUGUGCUGAUGUAGUCGAGCUCGAUUUAGCCAAUAACAAACUCACCGAGUGGGACGAAGUUUUUGCAAUACUGGAGCAGACACCGCGAGUUAGGUUUCUCAACUUGAGCUUCAACCGUCUGUCGGCUCAGAUCCAGGCGGCACAAACGUUACAGCCACGUUGGGACAGUCUGAGCCACCUCAUUCUGAACUCCACAUACGUCGGUUGGCCGAGCGUCCACGCGUUACUCAAAGCUCUACCAGCUCUGGAGGAGUUGCAUUUGAGCCUAAACGAGUACUCCUAUGUGGACUUCUCCGGACAAGAGGUUGAUAAGGAAGCUCAAUGUGAGGCGUGUUCACGACUCAACGUUGAUGUCACAGAGCCUGUUCAUGAGCAACUAAAGAAACUCCACUUUUCCGGGAACCAUGUCAGCAGUUGGCGAGAGAUCUCAAAACUAGGUUACGCCUUCCCGAAUUUGGAAACCCUGCUGGUCAACGACUGCCCAAUAACAACACUAGCGCCAGACCCGUGUGAAAAAUGUAGUGAUGAUAACGGAAAUAAGAAAAGCCACGAUGCCUUCCCACACCUCCGCUUCCUAAACCUCAACAAUACGGGCUUAGCGACGUGGGACGAGGUGGAUCGACUGGCACAGUUUCCUGCUCUCAAGAGUUUGCGGGUACAGGGCUGGCCGUUAUGGGACCGUGUAGAGUCCACGGAGCACGAGAGACGGUUGUUACUCGUGGCACGGCUGCCCCACGUGAGAACCCUAAACGGAGGUGGCGCUGUGCCGAUUGAAGAGAGGGACGCAGCUGAGAGAGCCUUCAUCCGAUACUACAUGGAGAAACCUGAGUCUGACCGUCCUGAUAGGUAUUGGGAGUUGGUGGGCGUCCACGGUAAACUGGAUCCUCUGGUGUCUGUGGACCUUAGGCCGGAGAAGCGCGUUCAAAUCACCUUCACGUGUGGCGACCACAGCGAAGUACGCACUGUAGACGUUUACAGAACUGUAUCUGACCUGAAAACGCGGCUAGAACGGAUGGCUGGCUUCCCCGCUUCUAAAAUGAGACUCUUCUACGUCGAUCAAGAACUAAGAGAUUCUCAGCCUUUUCAGGGUCCCGAGGAGAUGAGGUACCCUACAAAGCAGCUGUACUCCUACAACAUCAGGUCAGGAGACGAGAUCAUCAUAGAUUCCAAGUUGAAACACUCGAUUUCUGCCAACUCUACAGCGUGA